AUGACGAUCAUCUCACCCCUCUUAUCAUCAUCGUUGCCCCAUCUCUUCUUGGUGGUGAAGAUCCUAGCAGCCUGCUUCUCCAGGUCCUUGUACUCGAAGGGGUUCCUGACCCAGCGAUCGAUCGUUCUCACCAACGCCUCGCUCUCACCGUGA